GGGGAGGGCAAUCUUCUGUGGUGGUGGGUCUCCUUGGCUGCCUUUCCUUAUUAGGGUAGGCUCUAUAAGGUUAGGAGAAAGAGGCAGCACUGGGCACGUAAGGGGUGGGGGCAGUGGCAAGGAGGAUCUGGGUAUUCUGGAGAAGGGAGUGGGCAGGGCACAGAAACAGGAGAUGAAAAAGUAUCAGUGUGAAGAGUUUGGAAAGUCCUUUCAUGUGGCCUCCAGUCGGCCUGGGGAUAGAGGGUCUGCUUAGGAUGGUGUAAGAUUCCUGAAGAUAGGACAUGCCCUUCCACAUCUCUGACGGUCUCAUCAGAUCCAGCCCAGAAGAGAUCCACAGAAGCUGCUCUAGGAACAGCCAUGCUGGAGGACAAAGGGAUGCAAAUGUCUCCAGUCUUGACCUGCCUAGCUCUGGGCCUGGCCCUCAUCUUUGGUGAAGGAUCUGCCUCAUACCAUCGCCAGUCUCAGGCUGCCCAACUGGUCACAGAUUUUGGAGUGAAGGUAUUUCAGCAGGUGGCACAGGCCUCCAAGGACCGUAAUGUGGUUUUCUCACCGUAUGGGGUGGCCUCGGUCCUGGCCAUGCUGCAGCUGACAACAAGAGGAGAAACCAGGCAGCAGAUCCAAGCGGCAAUGCAGUUUGAGAUUGAAGAGAAAGGCAUGGCCCCUGCCCUCCGUCAACUGUAUAAGGAACUUAUGGGGCCAUGGAACAAAGAUGAGAUCAGCAUCGCCGAUGCCAUCUUCGUCCAGCGAGAUCUGAAGCUGAUUCAAGGCUUCAUGCCUCACUUCUUCAGGCUGUUCCGAACCACGGUCAAGCAGGUGGACUUUACAGAGAUUGACAGAGCCAGGUUCAUUGUCAAUGACUGGGUGAAGAGACACACAAAAGGCAUGAUUAGUGACUUACUUGGCAAAGAGGCCGUGGACCAGCUGACACGCCUGGUGCUGGUGAAUGCCCUGUAUUUCAAUGGCCACUGGAAGACACCCUUCCCGGAGUUGGGCACCCACCACCGCCUCUUCCACAAGUCCGAUGGCAACACCGUGUCAGUGCCCAUGAUGGCUCAGACCAACAAGUUCAACUACACUGAGUUUUCCACCCCUGAUGGCCAUUACUACGACAUCUUGGAAUUGCCCUACCAUGGGGACACUCUCAGCAUGUUCAUUGCUGCUCCCUAUGAAAAAGAGGUGCCUCUCUCUGCCCUCACCAACAUUCUGGAUGCCCAGCUCAUCAGCCAGUGGAAAGGGAAUAUGACCUGUCUGCCCCGCCUCCUGGUUCUGCCGAAGUUCUCCCUGGAGAGUGAAAUUGACCUCAGGAGGCCCUUGGAGAACUUGGGGAUGACCAACAUGUUUAGUCCAAGCCAGGCGGACUUCUCAGGUUUUUCAGAUCAAGAGUCUCUCUACGUAUCACAAGCACUGCAAAAAGUGAAGAUCAAGGUGAAUGAGAAAGGCACAGUGGCAUCCUCCUCUACAGCCAUUACUGUCUCAGCCCGAAUGGCCCCCGAGGAGAUCAUCAUGGACAGACCCUUCCUCUUUGUGGUGCGGCACAACCCCACAGGAACGGUCCUUUUCAUGGGCCAAGUGAUGGAACCCUGACCAUGAAAAAGGAAGCUCUCAUCUGGGACAGAACUGGAGAUGUAUCAAUGAAGAAACUGCGAAGAAAAGAACUUUUAUUUUCAUUAAUCUUUCUGGAGAAAGAGAAGACAUUUGCCUUUUUAAAAAUGGUAAAGCUGCCUUCUAGACCUCAGCCUCUCCAAACCUGACUGUAAAACUCUCAGAGCCACUUGUGCAGCUGCUUCUGCCCAUUGCUCUGCCCGUUCAGGUCUUCCGAUCUGGAUCCCACUGAGGCCCUGGCCGAUGGCACUGCAAGGCUUAUAGGAGCUUCCGUGUGCUUGGUAGAAACUCUUUGCAUUCCAGUCACGUUGCCAUCACUCUUGCACUGUCUGCCACUGCUGAGGAGGCUGGCAUCAGGCCAGAGAAGACCAAUGCAAGAAACACCCUUUCAUUGCAAAGUCUGUCCUUCCCCGGCUCAGAGGUGCCAUGGAAUGGCAGAGCAACUACCUACCCAGUUGCAGAAACCCAUCCUGGCCUGGUCAUCUCCCUCCCCAGAAACAGUGAGCAUAUAUUAUUUCUGAGUGUAGGUGACUUGUUUACUUAUAGAAGCAGGUUUCUGCUUCCCACAAACUUUAUUUUGCAGGAAUAGAGGAAAAAGGUAUGCCUGGCUCUUGGCUCCAAUCUCCUAGUGCGGAGGGUGGGAUGCCUCGGGUGUGCUUGAUUAUUUAUCACAUUCUUGUGUGCUUGUUAGAGCGAAAGAGGACUAUCAAGAAAUGCAUAUUAUUUAAACCUGCCUAGAGUGUUCCUUUGUGGUCUGUGUUAUUGCAUCUCAGGAGUCUGGCCACUUAACUGCCAUACCCCAGGGGGUGGCAAGCAUGAGGGGCUCACACUGCCACCUUGUGGCUGCCCAAACCCCAUUGCUCUUCACCUUUCCUUGCCUUUCCAAUUGAUGGAUUAGGACCCUGCCAAAAUUAUCCAAUUUCCCACAUUAGGGACCAAAAGGAUAUGAUGGGUGAGAGAGAUUAGAGUGAGGACAGAGUGGUUUCAAAUUUUUCCGAAAUAUUUAGGAGCAGGAGUGCAAAGGGAUGCACGACCUAGCAGGACAGAACUUUCCCCAAUUAUAGGGUGACUCACAGCUGCAUCAGUGACUCACUUCAAUGUGUCAUUUCCGGCUUUUGUGUGUGAGCAGUGGACACGUGAGAGAGAGGGAGGGAGAGAAAAAAUGAGAGGGAAUAGAGAGAGACAGCGAACUCAGGCUCAACUUCCCUAGUUAGAUAAUCUUUUUGAAAACCAACUAGCUAAGGGAUAUGGCACGAAGACCAAUUUAUUGAAGAAUUGCAUAUAGAUUUCGAAUGAAUGCAGCCUAAUAGAAUUGUAAUCAUCCCACUGUGCUCUUCAGCAAAAAUUUUGGUUCUUUGUUUUUUUUUUUCUUUUUUCAUUAUGCACUGGACAGUGAUAGCCACACACCGUACUCACAAGGACACCCAAAUGUGGGGCACGAUGUUCUUGAACUUGUGU